AGAAAAGAUUUUAUUUGGGCCUCUCAGGUAAAUGGGCCUACAAACAUAAUAAACAGAGUCUCUGUCUCUCUCUCCAGUAAGAAAGACAAAAGAAGAAAAAAUCUAAACAAACAGUGUACUCCGCCGUGAAUCGGAUUCUCUGACUCUGUGAAUUGAUCGGAUCCAUUUACUUUUUUAGUAAUAUUUUUUUUUAAUUUAUAAUUUCUUUUUUCUGAGUCUCACACAAAGUUCGAUCUCCUCUCUCUGCAUGCAAUUCAACUCAAUUCGAGAAGCUUCCGCUUCAAUUACUCACUCUUCCCCAACCAACCACUGAGAGUUUGGAGUGUUGAGGAACUCGAUAUGCAGCCUUUGAUUCUCACUGACGAGAGAGUACGCAAAGCUUGUGAGACAACAAGAGAACUCAAAAUCCCCGAUGAGAAGACACUCUCAGUGCUCAAGAAGCUGCUCCAAGAGAACGGUGAGAAUUGGACUCUCAUCAAACUUGAUAACUACACCGCAUUGAUCGAUGCUAUCUACUCUCUCGACGAUGAACAAGAAGAAGAAGAAGAGGAUAAGAAAAAAAACGAAACUUUAUCUAAUGCCAAUAGAGGGAAGCAUGUCUUUGACUCUGCUCCUAGUGGUGCUCUGAAGAAGCAAGGGAAGAAUGUUGUUGUGGGCACUGACUCUCCUGCUACUCUGAAAAGAAAAUACGAAACCCGUUCCGCAGCCUCAGGCUCGUCCACUGAGGAAGCUCAGAAGCAUCCUAGCAACGGUGUUGUUCGCAAGAAGAAAUAUAAAACGAUUAUUCGUGACAUCACGAAAGGCUCAGAGAGCGUUGAGAUAUCUCUGGUUGAUGAGGUUGGGACUGAGCAUGUCCCCAAGUUUACUUACAUCCCUCACAACAUUGUCUACCAAAGUGCUUAUGUCCAUGUGUCUCUGGCUCGAAUUUCUGAUGACGAUUGUUGCGUGAGCUGUAAGGGGGACUGUCUUUUAGCGGACUUUCCGUGCGCUUGUGCUCGUGAAACCGGCGGAGAAUAUGCGUAUAGUAAAGAUGGGUUGUUAAAGGAGGAGUUUUUGGAUACUUGUCUUAAGAUGAAGAAGGCGCCUGAUAGCUUCAGUAAGUUUUACUGCCAAGACUGCCCUUUGGAGAGAGAUGAUGGGAAGUGUGAAGGACAUUUGAUUAGGAAGUUUAUUAAGGAGUGUUGGAGAAAGUGUGGAUGUGAUAUGAUGUGUGGGAAUCGAGUGGUGCAGAGAGGGAUAAGGUGCCAACUCCAGGUUUACUUUACCCAAGAAGGGAAAGGAUGGGGUAUUAGAACACUGCAAGACUUGCCGAAAGGAACCUUUGUUUGUGAAUAUAUUGGUGAAAUAUUGACCAAUACGGAGUUGUACGAUCGGAAUAUAAGAUCUACUAGUGAACGGCAUACAUAUCCUGUAACUCUGGAUGCAGACUGGGGUUCUGAAAAGGAUUUGAAAGAUGAAGAAGCUCUCUGCCUGGAUGCCACAGUCUGUGGAAAUGUCGCUAGAUUUGUCAAUCACAGAUGUGAGGAUGCAAACUUGAUUGAUAUUCCGGUACAAAUAGAGACUCCUGACAGACAUUAUUAUCAUAUUGCCUUUUUUACCAUUCGAGACGUGAAGGCCAUGGAUGAACUGACAUGGGAUUACUUGAUAGAUUUCCAUGAUGAAAGUCAUCCCGUGAAGGCAUUUAGAUGUUGCUGCGGAAGCGAAUUAUGCAGAGACAAAAAGCCAAAAGGAUCUGGAGGCAAGUCAGGAGAAAGAAGAAAGGCUGUUCCUGCUAAAAAACAAGCAGGUUCCAAAGCGAUGGCAUUAAAAAGAAAAUGAGGCUGAACAUCAGAGUAAAACAUAAUAACACACAUACACUUUGAUCCAUCCUGAGCUGCUUCUGCUUAAGUUCAAGAGAGAAGUCUUAUGUUCGCCACACCUCUUCACUUAGAAAUAUCCCCUUUCUUUAGGUAGGAUUAUGUGAACUGAGCAGAUUCUUCUCAGUUAGCUGACAAAAGAUUGUUUAGACACGAAUAAGAGUUAUGUUGGGUAACCAAAGAAACUCAUUGUUAAUGGUUGGUUUGUUCUAGAGAUUUCAUUAAUGUCAAAUAUAUUAACAUUAAGGUCUUCUUUAAAGAAAUAAAUUGGU